AUGGAACUUCCCAGAGCUUCCAGAAGAGACGGUUGUGACUUGUGCUCUGCACCCCAGAUCCCCGCCAAGCUGGCUGACAAGAUACUACGCACCCCUAAGUGCUCCCGGUGCCGGAACCAUGGGUUCCUGGUGCCGGUCAAGGGCCAUGUGGGCAUGUGUCGCUGGAAGCGUUGCACCUGCGAGAAGUGCUCCCUGAUCACCGAGCGCCAGAAGAUCAUGGCUGCGCAGAAGCAGCUCAAGAAGGAGGCCGAGGAGGAGGAAGGGGAGCAGCAGCAGCAGAAGCAGCAGCAGGCUACAGCAGCCCUGGGCCGCCCGGAGCCCCAGUUGGCCCUAGAGGCGCCUGCCCCAGGCCCGAGCUUCCGUGUGCCCGUGCAGCCACUAAGGCCUUUGCCACUGCUGCCACCACCUCUGCCUCUUCUGCCACCUCCACUGGCUUCUGCUGCUGCAGACAUGGAGCGAGGUGCCGAGGGCCGUGUGGCCACCUACAACCAAGAGCAGCGUCUGCACAGCCCCAGCCCAGGCCCGAGCGCCUUCCAGUCCAUUCGGGGCUGCCGUGGCCUAGCUGGGCCAAGCAAGCUAGAGGCCCCACCUGCAGGCCCAUCGCCUGGGCUCCUCCCCAGGGAAGAGGCCCUGGGCCUUGGAGGAGGCCCAAGCCACCCUGUGCCUUUCAAUGGCCUGCUGCAGCCCCGGCCCAGCCCACCGUUCCAGGACUAUGGCCUUCCACUGAGCAUCAACCCUCAAAGUGCAGUGGCAUCGGAGUAUCUGGAAAGAGAUCCUGCCAAGCUGUAUGCCAACUUGCGCCCUUUCCGCCCAUACCAGCUGGGCUACCAGGAUGCUUCCCCUAGCUCCGGGAUUCCCCUGCACCAGGACUUCCGACAUGUGUCCUGCAACCAGUACUGUGAAGGAGGCCUGAUGCCUGAGCUCAUCGGGGACUUUCCGCCGAGGAGCUACUCACCGCCGCCGCCAUCCCCACUGUCCCCGCUGUCCCCGCCGUCCCCAAUACUGCCAUCCAGCUUCCUUUCCAAACUGCAACUCCUGCCACCGCUGCCUCCAUCACCACCUUCUACCUUCUCAGUGACCGUCCUAUCUAAUGCCGAUAGAGAGCCCACUGAUGACCAGGAGGAGAAUGAGGCAGUGCCGACCAUGGAUCCCAGCCAGCCUGCCACCCCGGAGAAGUUCGACUAG